AACAUCAAUAUAUAAGUGACGGUUGAAUAUAGAGAAAAAACAUCAUCGUGUACUUGUUACUACUAUAUACGCUACCACUUAUACCAUCACUUACAGAGCAAACACAACAAAGCCACCAUUGCUACCUAUAAAUACUGCUGAAGAAGGCUAUCAAACUCACAUCCAAGCCAUCAACACCACCAGCAACAUCAAAAUCAACAAACAAACAAACAAACAUGACAACACUAUUAUCAACAUCAACAACCACAACCACAACAACAACAAUGACAACAACAAUGACACUGUCAUCACCCCCAGAGCCAAAGGUCGGCUUCAUGUCCCUCCCCCUCGAGCUCCGCUUCCAAAUCUACUCCCUCCUCCUCACCAUCCCCCCUCGCCCAAACGCAGAAUCAACCUCGCACGACAUGGCCGCCUGCAACUCCGAGGCCCCCGUCUACGUCCACCCGGCCAUCCUCCUCGCCAGCCGCCAGAUCAACUGGGAGGCCACCCCCUUCCUCUACUCGGAAAACAUGUUCGUUGCCCACCCGACCCUGCUGGCCUCGUUCCCGCGCCUGCGCAGCUGGUACCCGCCCAUGAGGGAGGCCAACGCCCUCGUGCCGCUCAUCCACCGCUUCCACGUCCAGGUGCCGCUCGACGUCGAGCUGCCGUACGACCGCGCCGCCGUGGCCAAGUCCUUUACCGGCGUGGACGAGCUCUCCCUCGACCUGCGCCAGUCCGUCUUUCUGAGCGUCAGCUGCAACAACCUGACCCUCUUUGACGCUGUCCGCGGCGUCAACAAGGUGUACAUUAGCGGAAGCACCACCGGCUUCGAGGACUACAUUGCCUGGCUCAAAGACGCCAUGACGAGUCCCAUCGGGGCGGAGGUUGCCCCCUUUGAGGCACAGACACAAUCACCGUGGGCGUCCAUCUGGAGCAAACACUCAAAUCUCUGGAGCCCCUCCACAGCACUUGUCGGGAAACAAGAAGCAUAGAGAGAGAUGCCUAGAAGAUAAUCACUUUUACAUUGCGCUGAAAACUAGGUAUCUCUACACCCACUUACACCAUCAUCAACCACCUCCCACCGAUAUCUCCAAAGUCUAAAUCCUUCCGGAGCCCUCCGCCUCCCAAAAAAGGGCUUCCAAUAUUCUUUUUUCUUUCUUUUUUCUUUCUUCUUUAUCAUCUUGAGCCAUACCAAAAACCCCCUCUAGUCCCAUAUUUCCCAGUCUAGGUCUAAAGGUCAUCUCAUACAUUUCGACAAAAGAAUAAUAAUAAAAAA